AACAUUAACAUUCAAGCAAAGGGCAUUUUUAUUGCUCAUUUGACUACAUCGCUCUGCUAAAGACGUUAUAUAAGAGAAACAUCACUGAAUAAAAAUGGCAAUGAAAUUAAAAUGCAUUAAUGCUGUCUGACAGGUAGUACAGAAACCGAAGUCUUCGAACUACGUGCAGAAUUCAACGCGGGCACAGCGAUAAUAAAAGACAGAAAAAGCGAUCGGGUUUUUUUUUUUUCUUGUCUGUCUUUAUUUUAGAGCACCCGAUUUUAUACACUUGUGAAGUGUCAUUUUCAGACUAAAGAGUCGUCGGAGGUGUUGUCGCCUGGUCGCCGUUUCGUCCCUAUCCCAGUCCGAUUCUCAGUAACACAGAGAGCUCUACUGCGCCUGCGCCGGGAUGGUGCGCGCAUAUAAAAGCCCGGCGCGAAGCUCACGACUGAAUAAAAAACUGAGGCUACUGCAGGGGUCUCAUGUGAACGGAGUCGCUCUUCCGAAACAAAAAUCGCUCAAGUGGAACGAGGUGGCUGACUUUGAAAGUCCUUCUUUUCACUGCUGUUAGGGAUUUUAAAGCUCGGUGGAUGUGUUUGCAAUGAACUGUUGCCAGCGCCCUCCCGAGGGGGACAUGACCCCUGAGCAGAACGGGUCGAGGAACCAAAGCCUGCAAGACUGGCUACAGCUGCUGUCUCAGGACGAGUCGGAGAUGCACGGCGAUGGUUCCAGAGCCACGCGUGUCCUGAUCGCGACGGUGUACUGUGUUGUGUGCGCCCUGGGACUGGUGGGCAACCUCCUGGCACUUCAUCUAUUGCGAUCAAGACAUGCCCGGCAGCAGUCCACAGUCAACGUGCUCGUCAUGGGUUUGACCAUCACGGACCUCCAGUUUGUUUUAACCCUGCCCUUCUGGGCGGUGGACACUGUAAUGGACUUCAGGUGGCCCUUCGGUAAAGUGAUGUGCAAGUUGGUCAGCUCGGUGACAACCAUGAACAUGUAUGCCAGCGUCUUUUUCCUCACAGCUAUGAGUGUCACCCGUUACUGUUCGGUGACUUCAUCGGUAAAAAUGAGCAGACGUCCCCAUGGCUGUUCUGCCAAGUGGGUCAGCUUGUUCAUCUGGUCUAGCGCUUUGCUAGCCACCUUACCUCACGCCAUCUUCUCUACCACCGUCAAGGUGACCGACGAGGAGCUGUGUCUCGUGCGUUUUCCAGACUCCAGCUGGGACCCGCAGCUACUUCUUGGACUUUAUCAAACCCAGAAGGUUCUUCUUGGCUUCGUCCUUCCUCUCAUCACGAUCUCGGUGUGCUACAUCCUAUUGUUGCGCUUCAUCAUCAGCAAACGAGUUGGAGACGUCAGCGGCGACCACAGCCACGACAAGCGCCGCUCUAAGGUCACCAAAUCCGUCACUAUCGUGGUGCUUGCCUUUUUCAUCUGUUGGCUCCCAAAUCAAGCACUCACCAUGUGGGGCGUUUUCAUUAAGUUUGAUAUCGUUCCGUUCAGCAAGGCUUUUUAUAACGCCCAGGCGUACGCCUUUCCCUUGACAGUAUGCCUCGCUCACACCAACAGCUGCUUGAACCCUGUCCUGUACUGCCUGAUCCGCCGGGAAUUCAGGGCUGCGCUCCGGGACAUACUACUACGUCUGGCACCUUCCUGGAAUAUUCGUCUGCCCGCCAUCACACCCAGCGCAUCCGUGGCGCCGGGCGUCAUCCAGACGAGCGUGAGGAGAACAGCGGGCUUGUGCUGUCGGUAGGAGGGCGAGCGGAGGAGGCAGGCAGGCAGGCAGGCAGAGUCUGGAGUACUUGAAGGGCUACUCAGGGACUUCUUAUUAUGGGAGACUGCUUUAGAAUAUGGGCAUGAAACUGGGAACAAGCCUUAUACAAAUGUGUAUCCUCCAUUCCUCAGAUCGACUUGGACAAAACGGGAUUUGGACCAGAAAAGGACGCCGAGGUGUCACAGAUUAUUACAGCGGGGUUAACCUUGAAAUCCAAUAGGUUUAGUAAUUCCUUUCAACUUGUGGAUGCGCGUGGAUUAUUAUUAAAAAGCUCCUUUAAAAUGCACUUUGUAAUUGAUGCUGGGUUGAAAUUCCCACAUGUGUGUAAUGUGCGUUUUCAUGCAGUUUAACAGGAGACCAGAUGCGCCUGAUGAAGGUACCAUGGUGUGAGUGUGUGU